AGGGAGCGCCGGGGUGCGGCGGGCAUGGAGCGGGGCCGGGACGGGGAGGAGGAGCUGGAGGAGGAGGAUGAGGAUGAGGAGGAGGAGGAGGAGGAUGGCGGCCCGGAGAGCGCUCUGGAGAAGAGCCCGUUCCAGCUGACGGCCGCGGAUGUGUACGACAUCUCCUCCGUGGUGGGCCGGGACCUGCUGCAGCUCCGCGCUGGGCCGCAGCUGCCCGCCGCCCGCGCCCGGCUGCAGUUCAGGAUCGUCCGGGUGCUGGAGAUGCUGGAGGCGCUGGUGAGCGAGAGCAGCGUGACCGAGGAGCAGCUGCGGCGGGAGCGGGACAGCCUCCGGCGGGAGCUCGAGCAGCUGCGGGCGGCGGCCCGAGGGAGCGACCCGCAGCCCAGCCUUGGACCAGAUCAAAUGGUGAUAGACCUCACAGACCCCAACCGGCCCCGGUUCACGUUACAGGAGCUCCGGGAUGUAUUGCAAGAGAGGAACCAGCUGAAAGCUCAGCUUCUGGUGGUGCAAGAGGAGCUACAGUGCUAUAAGAGGGUGGAAAGAGGAACAGGCAGCUGCCUUGCAGGGGAGCUGGGAACCUCCCUCCCAUCUGUUGCCAGGCCUCGUGUGAGCCUGGGUGGCUGCGCUGGAGUGGGAUCAUCUCACAGAAAAGGGACCAAACAGAAGAACUGGAAAAAGCAGCCAGUGGCAGCAGUGCUGGCACCAGAAAGGACAGUGAAGAGAAGACAAUCAUCAAACGGUUGUUUUCUUUUAAACAUGGAAAAUGAGCAUCCUCAAGGACUUUGCUGCUGGUGAGAAUGGCACUGCUGAGCCUCAGAGGCGUUGGGAAAGACAAUGAUUGGAAGCAGCAGCAUCACUCCUACUGUAGAGAAUGAGCAAUCUCAUUAAAAUCACGUUGUAUAAUAUUCUUUCAGAAUAGAUUUUACUCUGCUUUUUCAGAAACUGUUUGAAACAGACACUUUUUGUAUUUCUUACUGUCAGACGUUAUCCACAUGUAGAAAAUAAAAUGUUUGUAUAAA